AACGGAAAACACGUCUAGAGCGCAACUGACCGGGAAAGAGAGGUAUAAAGCGAAGAAACGCCAACCCCCUUGCAUAUUCCAUCAUGAAGGCCCUGCUUGUGCUGGCGUGUGUUGUGUUGGCAGCCCUUGCCACCCCGACGAAACCAAGCCUCAGACAGGCCAAGGUGGUGAGGGUGGUGCCGCAGACCCUGGAUCAGCUCCACCACCUGCACCAGCUGCUCCUGCAAGGCCGCUAUGACUUCUGGCAGGAGCCGCGCGCCCUGGACACGCCGGUGGACAUCAUGACCACCAUCCGCGACCUGCCGGAGCUGGCGUCCUCACUGAAAAGCCAUGGCCUGAAGGCGACCGUGAUGAUCCAAGACGUGGGGCGCCUCAUUGACCAGCAGGCCGCUGAGCGACUCCAGCGUGACAGCCGCGCCAUGGAUUGGACAGACUACCACGACUAUGACACGAUCAACGCGUGGAUGGCCCAGCUGGCCUCAGACCACCCGGACCUGUGCACGCUGGAGGAGGUGGGCAAGUCUUACGAGGGCCGCGCCAUGAAACUGCUGACGUUGGGCAAGGGCGGCGCUGACAAGCCAGGCAUCUUCAUUGACGGAGGCAUCCACGCGCGUGAGUGGAUCUCGCCCGCCACGGUCACGUACAUGGUGAACGAACUGGUCACCAACAGCAACACAUACGACGACCUGCUGUCCAACGUCAACUUCUACGUCAUGCCCUCCAUCAACCCUGACGGCUACUCCUACACCUUCACCGAUGACCGCAUGUGGCGCAAGACUCGCUCACACACCGACUCACCCUUCGGCUGCAAGGGAGCUGACCCUAACAGGAACUGGGACUUCCACUGGAAUGAGAUCGGCGCCUCCAGCAACCCCUGCUCCGAGACCUACGCUGGGUCUGGGCCUUUCUCUGAGGUGGAGAUGAGGGUGGUGAGGGACGAGAUCAUCAGGUUGGGCAGCAAGAUCAAGGUUUAUCUCACCUUCCACUCAUACUCACAGCUGUGGAUGUACCCCUGGGGCUACACCUCGGCCCUUCCUGACGACUGGAAGGACCUGGAUAACCUCGCCCAGGAUGCAGUCAGCGCCCUCACUGCUGUCCACGGCACCCAGUACGAAAUUGGCUCAUCCACCAACACCAUUUACGCGGCGGCUGGAGGCUCAGAUGACUGGGCUAAGGGUGUUGGCGGAGUCAAGUACGCCUACACAGUUGAGCUUCGGGACCAGGGAUAUUACGGCUUCCUGCUGCCUCCGAGCAAGAUCAUCCCGUCCGGUGAGGAGACCUUCGAGGCGCUCAAGGUCGUUGCGAACUUCGUCAAGAACACCUACAGUAAGUAAUGAACGAAACGCAGCGAGAUUCAGACGGCGAGAACUUUUUGCCUCUACAAGGAGAAGACCACGAAAAAUGAUAGAUAUGGAAAAGUGAGAGGUGAGAAAAAUAAAUGAAUAAAUAUAUGGAAAAAAUAUAUAUAAAAAACUAAAUUAGCGGAAAUACCCAACAAAUAAAGAAAAGCCAUUGAAAUUCAGACGGCGACAAGAACUUUUUGCCUCAACACGGAGAAGACCACGAAAAAUGAUGAAUAUGGAGAGGUGAGAGGUGAGAAAAAAACAAAUAAAAAAAAAAUUAAGUUAACGUAAAAAAAUCCAGCAAAUAAAGACCUAAAUCCAAUGAAAAUCAGAUGGCGAGAAGAACCUGCUUGCUUCACCGACAGAGAGGACGACGAAAAAUUACAAAAAACACGGAAGCUUGAGCAAGAGAAAAAAAAGUAUUGGAACCAGUGGACACAGACGACGUGAAGUGUUACCAAGUUGAGCGAGUAACGAACAACCUCACUGUAAUUCUGAUAAAACUUGCCCAUGAAGAGGAAAAAGAAAGAAAGAAAGAAAGAAAGAAAGAAAGAAAGUAACAAGAAAUAUGGAAGAGGGAGAAAAAAAAAUAAGAUAGAUCAUGAGGGAAGGAAAAUCCAGCCUAUUUCCCCGCAGUAGUGGAGAUGUGACACGCAUGACAAAAUAAAUCAUGCACAAUAUUAUAGCAACAAAUACAAUAUAGUAGAAAAAUAA